AAACCAAUUUUUUACUUCUGAGCCCCUAGCCUCCCUCCCUCUCUCCAGCCAAACGCCCAAGUCCUUAGUCCUUUCCAAUUUGAAGAUUCAAGAUUGUUGUUGUCCAAGCCUCCAAGCUUUCGCAGUUCGGCCAAUCUCCAGUGAAAGAAUCAUCCGGUGGAGUUCAGUUCUCUUUCUCUUUCAUCACUCCCACUAAACAUCAUUACAAGAUGUUUCGUAGGCAAAGAUGGAGUUGGGAAAAAGACUUUUAAGAUCAUCCCAUUGAAGGAACCUGGAGAACCCAUUGUUGUAUCAGUUCCCUUCUCACAGAUGUAUUUUGACAGAAGCUAAAACAGGCAGCUGAGAGGAAGGAAGGAGAAUUGUGACGAGGGGAGCCAUUGGGAGUGGGAGGGAAAUAAUGAUAGGGUUGGGGCAGCGAAAAUGGGUGAUAAUGGUGAUGUUGACAGUGUUACACAUUGUAGGCAUACUAAUGUUCACUCGGGGAUUUCUAUUAACUCGAACAGAGCUCCCUUAUUACAGCAAUUCUUCUGAUGUUUUUCACUCCCCGUGCUUUGAUCAUAGCCAGUCAAAUGCCACUUGUUGGACUAGACCUGCUGUUAAUCGUCUAGUCAUUAUCGUUCUUGAUGCCCUCAGAUUUGAUUUUGUUGCUCCUAGUUCAUUUUUCAAAGAGGCAAAGCCUUGGAUGGACAGAUUACAAGUUCUUCAAAAGCUAGCAUCUACUGAAGGAACUUCUGCCCGCAUCUUCAAAGCUAUUGCAGAUCCACCUACUACUAGUUUGCAGCGUUUGAAGGGCUUAACAACUGGUGGACUACCUACUUUUAUUGAUGUUGGGAAUAGCUUUGGUGCUCCAGCAAUUGUUGAGGAUAAUUUCAUACAUCAGUUGGUUUCAAAUGGAAAGCGGGUAGUGAUGAUGGGGGAUGAUACUUGGGUACAACUGUUUCCUAAUCAUUUCAAAAAAUCUUAUCCUUACCCCUCUUUUAAUGUUAAAGAUCUUCAUACGGUGGACAGUGGAUGUAUUGAACACCUAUUUCCAUCUUUAUAUGAAGAAGAUUGGGAUGUCCUUAUUGCACAUUUUCUUGGUGUGGAUCAUGCUGGACACAUUCUUGGUGUUGAUUCCAUUCCAAUGAUAGAUAAGUUGGAGCAGUACAAUGCCAUGUUAGAAAAAGUAAUUGAAGUGAUAAGAAGCCAGUCAGGACCAGGUGGCAUACAUGAGAAUACUUUCCUUCUUGUGAUGGGUGACCAUGGGCAAACUAUUAAUGGGGAUCACGGUGGCGGUACUUCUGAAGAGGUUGAAACAUCAAUUUUUGCUAUGAGUUUUAAACAGCCUCCAUCCUCAAUACCAUCUGAAUUUGAUUCUUCAUCUUGUGAAAUAAAUUUGGAUCAGAAAGGAACAUGCAUCAGCUCUAUCCAUCAGCUUGAUUUUGCAGUCACAGUGUCAGCUCUGCUUGGUGUCCCCUUUCCUUUCGGAAGUAUUGGACGUGUUAGCCCUGAGCUAUAUGCAUUAGGGGCUGGAACUUGGAAUCUGGAGAAAGUUAAUGAGGGAAAUUGCUUAAAUCAGUUGAAAGUGGUAGAAUGGAUGCAGAAUUAUUGCAAUGUACUCUGCAUCAAUUCUUGGCAGGUGAAAAGAUACAUUGACGUCUAUUCAGCUUCAUCCAUCAUUGGAUUUUCCCAUGAAGACUUGUUACACAUAUCAGAUCUAUAUGCCAAAGCAGAGGAGAAUCGAUCAUGUUGCUCUGAGAAAUUGUUGUUUAAUAGUGAUGAAAUCUGCAGUUCAUCAUUACCAUAUCUUAAAAGGCAAAUUGAUGCUUAUUCUAAUUUUUUAUUGAGUAUUGCUGAUCUGGCUCGCUCCAAAUGGACUGAGUUUAACUUAGAGAUGAUGGGAGUUGGUUUUGGGAUUAUGUUAAUCUCACUAUCAGUCUAUUUAUUCACUAUUAAGAGGAUGAUCAAUUCAUUUGGUGUUUAUCUUUCUUCAUUUGGAGAUUCAGAUAUAUCUUUUAGGUUACUUUUUGCUUGCUUUAUGGUGAUGAUACGUGCGUGCAGCUUUCUAUCUAAUAGUUUUAUUUUGGAGGAAGGAAAAGUGGCAAAUUUUCUUUUAGCCACGACUGUCAUAUAUAAGUUACGUUAUUCAAUUAAGAGAGGGAAGAUGCUAACAGAAGCAAUUUUGUUUCUUUUCUUGAUUACUAUUCUACGAUUUAGCAUAGAAGUUGGGCUAUCAAAGCAAGCUGUGAAUUCUCUGUUUAUGAGUGCCCAUUCUUCAUGGAUGCUUGAAAUUGCCCCUAGUCAUCCCAUGUGGAUAUUCAUGGUUGAAAUUGUACCAAUUCUGGCUCUAACUAUUUUGGCGUACUUGCUCUACAUUACCAUGGCUUGCAGCUCUUAUCGGGGAAUUUGGAAGUUUAUUGUUUGGGGUACUAAUUUAUGUUAUAUUCUCAUAGCUGUGCAUUGGAUGUCAGAAAGUAAUAUUUUGAGUUCAGUUCUGAUGCCUCAUGUGAUCGUAAGAAAUUACAUCCCUCGUAUAAUAUAUGCCAUGGGGCUUGGACAACUUUUAUUACUAGCGUUUAGUCAAUUGAUAGAGAGAGGGGGGCCUUUAGCAAGCAGAAAAGGUUUGGUAAUAAAGAUAGUAGCCAUGUUAUCUACUUGCAGUUCGACAAUCAUUCUUCUCUCUGGAAAACAAGGUUCUUUGAUUGCAAUAGCAUCCAUAAUUGGAGGUUAUUGCAUAAUGAGGUUGGGAAACAUAGAACAGGAUCCUAAGGAUAAAUUUUCAGUAAAUCUAAAUUUCGAUCCUCUCUCUGUGACGCAAUGGAGCUUUUUGGCCACAUGCCUGUUUUUCUCCACUGGUCACUGGUGUACUUUUGACGGCCUCAGAUAUGGUGCUGCAUUUAUUGGGUUUGAUGACUUCGUCCUUGUUCGGCAAGCUAUCCUUCUAACAAUUGAUACAUUUGGGUUUUCUCACAUUCUUCCAGUAUUUGGACUUCCAUUUCUGGUUUCUAACCUAGUUAUGUCUGGUAGAACUGACCAGGAUAGAAGACUGGCUUCGAUGCAGUUAUUCCUAAUGUAUUUAAUGUAUGGACUCAUUAUGGCCACUACUGUCAUAGCAACCAUAAUCUGUGUGACCAUACAGCGGCGACAUCUAAUGGUAUGGGGGUUGUUUGCUCCAAAGUUUGUUUUUGAUGUUGUGGGUUUUAUUCUCACUGACAUCCUAAUUUGUUUGGCUUGCCUUUACUAUUUUGGUUUUCGUGGAGAAGUGGAUGGUGCAGACCUAUGAUUCAAUGACUUGAAAUUUUUGUAUGAGGGUUGGAAGUGGCAACAUAUUUAAGUGUA